ACCCGUGACAGGAAGUCAUCAGUCCAGGACCAGGACCAGGACCAGGACCAGGACAUGGAGUGAGGGCGGUGCUGUUCGGAGGACUUUGUGGACAUGUUGGGUCCGGCGCGGAGCGGAGACAUCAUCCACCUGAACGUUGGCGGGAAACGGUUCAGUACAUCCCGGCAGACCCUGACCUGGAUUCCGGACUCCUUUUUCUGCAGUCUCUUGAGCGGUCGGAUUUCAACGCUGAAAGAUGAGACCGGAGCUAUCUUCAUCGACAGGGACCCCUCGCUGUUCGCCACCAUCCUCAACUUCCUGCGGACCAAAGAGCUGUACCCCAGAUCCAUUAAUGUGCACAUGCUCAUGCACGAGGCCGAGUUCUAUGGUAUCACGCCGCUAGUGCGGAAGCUGCAGCUGUGUGAGGAGCUGGACCGAUCCUCCUGUGGAACCGUACUGUUCAACGGCUACCUGCCACCUCCAGUCUACCCAGCAAAGCGACGUAACCGUCAUAGCGUGGCGGGAUCCCAGCUCACAGUGGGCCGAGUUGUUCCUGUGGAACGAGUGCCAGUCAGACGCAGCAACACCAUGCCGCCAAACCUGGGGAACUCUGGGAUGCUUGGCAGAGUUGGUCCUGAGGAGAAGAUGUCUGGCGGUCUGGCACUGGAUCCAGGCAUGGUUCGGAUAAUAUGCGGCCAUCAUAACUGGAUUGCUGUGGCCUACGCUCAGUUUGUCAUCUGCUACAGGGUGAAGGAGUCAACGGGGUGGCAACAGGUCUUCACCUCCCCUCGUCUGGACUGGGUGAUUGACAGGGUCGCCCUCAACGCCAGGGUGAUGGGUGGCUCGCUGGGAGACAAUGACAAGAUGGUGGCCGUCGCUUCAGUUACUGAGAUUAUUUUGUGGGCAGUCUGCCCAGAUGGCACUGGAAAUGAAAUUGGUGUCUUCAGUCUGAAUGUGCCAGUGGAGGCGCUCUUCUUUGUUGGUAACCAGCUGAUUGCUACCAGCCACACCGGGAGGGUCGGUGUGUGGAACGCAGUCACCAAACACUGGCAGAACCAGGAUGUGGUUCCGAUCAGCAGUUACGACACCGCUGGGUCCUUGUUGAUCCUGGGCUGCAACAAUGGAUCCAUCUACUACAUUGAUGUACAGAAGUUUCCCCUGAGGAUGAAGGAUAACGACCUGCUGGUGACUGAACUUUACAGAGACCCAACUGAAGAUGCCAUCACUGCCCUCAGUGUCUACCUCACACCCAAAACCAGUGACAGUGGGAAUUGGAUUGAGAUUGCAUAUGGGACCAGUUCUGGGACAGUCCGAGUCAUCAUUCAGCACCCGGAGACUGUGGGCUCAGGACCGCAGCUCUUCCAGACUUUCUCCGUACACCGCAGCCCCGUUACCAAGAUCAUGUUGUCCGAAAAACACCUCAUCUCAGUUUGUGCAGACAACAACCACGUGCGCACGUGGACGGUGACUCGGUUCCGAGGGAUGAUCUCCACCCAGCCAGGAUCCACGCCGCUCACCUCCUUCAAGAUCCUCAGUCUGGACGACAUUGAUGGGCACGGAGGCUGCACCGCCGGCACAGAGAUAGGGCCAUAUGGAGAGAGAGAUGACCAGCAGGUGUUUCUUCAGAGAGUCGUCCCAGACACCAACAAACUCUACGUUAGACUGUCGUCCAACGGAAAGAGGUAGGAUGCCGUG